CGGGAGAGCUCGUUUCAAGGUACGCUACGGAAGGAUAUGUGGAGACUUCGAAGCCGCGUCCGAGAAACAUACAUAAAGACUUAAGAGUGUGGGUAGAAUGCGAAGGAUUCAACCAAUAGAAUUUACUAAGAAAAGGCUUCUGCUACCCGCUCCAUUAUCCACCCGCGAGGAGCUGUGGUAAAGUACGCCCCAUAACGUUGCUGCGGGGCAUGUUGGGAGUUGUAGUCAGCCUUCCCAGGCUCCGCCCUGGAAACGCCACUUCCGGGCCAGCGUGCUGAGCCCUUGCGCGGACGUCCGCGCCCCUGUCAUAGCCACGUAGCCGACAUGGUGAUUUCAGAGACUAGGGAUAUACUCUUCAGAAUAAGAGGAGGCCUUGAUCUAGCUUUUCAGCUAGCUACUGCUAAUGAAAUAUUUAUCAAGAAAGCACUAAAACAUGUGCUGAGUGAUCUGUCAACCAAGCUUUCUUCAAAUGCACUUGUGUUCAGAAUUGGCCACAGUUCAGUGUACAUAUGGCCUAACAGUGACAUAAACACCAUUCCAGGAGAACUGAGUGAUAAUUCUGCUUGUAAGAACAUAAUGCGCUUUAUUCACUUUGAACAGGAAGAAGAUACCAAACGAAAAUUUAUGAGAAAGAAAGACAAAAAGUUAUCAAACAUGCAUCAAAUAGUAAAUAUAGAUCUUAUGCUGGAAAUGUCAACCUCUCUGGGAGCCGUAACCCCCAUCAUUGAAAGAGAAAGCGGAGGACACCACUACGUUAGUAUGACUUUACCCGUUGAUGCAGUUCUAUCUGUUGCUCCAGAAGAAACAUGGGGAAAAGUUCGUAAACUUCUAGUUGAUGCAAUUCAUAAUCAGCUAACUGAUAUGGAGAAGUGCAUUUUGAAAUAUAUGAAAGGAACAUCUAUUGUGGUCCCUGAACCAUUGCACUUUUUAUUGCCAGGGGAAAAAAAUCUUGUGACAAUUUCAUAUCCAUCAGGAAUUCCAGAUGGUCAGCUGCAGGCCUAUAGAAAGGAAUUACAUGACCUCUUCAAUCUGCCUCAUGACAGACCGCAUUUCAGAAGGUCUAAUGCUUAUCAUUUUCCAGAUGAACCAUACAAAGAUGGUUACAUUAGAAAUCCACAUACUUAUCUCAAUCCACCUAACAUAGAGACUGGUAUGAUUUUUGUGGUCCAGGGCAUUUAUGGUUAUCAUCACUAUAUGCAGGACCGGAUGGAUGACAAUGGCUGGGGCUGUGCUUACCGAUCUCUGCAGACAAUCUGCUCUUGGUUCAAACACCAAGGCUACACAGAGAGAUCCAUUCCAACACACAGGGAAAUUCAGCAGGCUCUAGUUGAUGCUGGGGACAAACCAGCAACGUUUGUUGGAUCACGGUAAUGGAUUGGAUCUAUCGAGGUACAGCUGGUACUGAACCAACUGAUUGGUGUAACUUCAAAAAUACUGUUUGUCAGCCAAGGUUGUGAAAUGGCCUCUCAAGGACGGGUGCUGGCUGAUCAUUUCCAGACUGCAGGAACUCCAGUCAUGAUCGGGGGAGGAGUUUUGGCCCACACAAUACUAGGAGUGGCAUGGAAUGAGCUUACAGGGCAGAUAAGAUUUCUGAUUUUAGAUCCACAUUAUACAGGCGCUGAAGAUCUACAAGUUAUUUUGGAAAAGGGCUGGUGUGGAUGGAAGGGCCCAGACUUUUGGAACAAAGAUGCUUACUAUAAUUUAUGUCUUCCUCAGCGACCAAAUAUUUUUUAA